AUGGCUUCGAUGGGUGCCAUCGACGAGAAGCCCCCCGCGGAGCACCGCAUUGAGGACAUGGCGGGUAAAUCUCCCAGCGAGGACGAGGAUGAAUUCACACCGGAGGAAAAGAAGAAGAUUAUUCGACGCAUCGAUCUACGCUUGGUGACAAUGACCGGAUUGGCAUAUUGCAUCUCACUCAUGGACCGCACCAAUUUGAGUAUGGCUGCUGUUGCUGGUUUAAAACAAGAGCUGCACUUGGAUAUUGGAGAGCGCUAUUCCAUCAUCGUGUUGAUGUUCUUCGUCCCCUAUAUCCUGUUCCAGCCGCCGAUGACGAUUAUUAUUCGAAAGCUCGGGCCUACACUGUUCUUGUCGUCGAUUAUCAUAUGUUGGGCGGCAAUCAUGAUUGGAAUGGGUUUCGUCAAAGAUUGGGGCCAGUUGGUCGUCACACGUGUCCUGCUAGGUCUGUUGGAAGCAGGAUAUUUCCCCGGCUGCGUCUACCUGCUCUCGUGCUGGUACACCCGAUUUGACGUCCAAAAACGAUUUUCCGUGUUUUAUCUCAUCGGCUGCGUCGCCUCUGCACUCGCAGGAAUCCUAGCCUUCGGUCUGAUGCAAUUGAAUGGCAAGCACGGACUGACAGGCUGGAGAUGGAUUUUCAUCUUGGAAGGCGUUAUCACCGGAUUCAUUGGUAUCCUCUGUUUCGUCUUCCUGGUCGAUUUCCCCGACCGUGCACACAAGUCCUGGCGCUUCCUCAACGAGCGCGAAUGCGCUUUCAUCAUUCGCCGAAUCAACGAGGAUCGCAACGAUGGUGACUUGGAAGCCUUCUCUUUGAAGAAGUUCCUCAAGCCUGCUCUCGAUCCCAAGAUUUGGGGAUUUGCUAUGAUCUUCUUCUGCAUCACCACAGUUACCUACGCGAUCGCCUAUUUCCUUCCCAUUAUUCUGCGAUUGGGUAUGGGCUAUGGCGUCGGAGAAUCGCAAUGUUUGGUCGCACCCCCAUACGGAUUUGCCGGAAUUGUGAUGUAUGCGACCGCGUGGGUGGGUGAUAAGUACCGUAUGCGCGCACCGAUUAUCAUUUUCAACUCCUUGCUGGCCAUUAUUGGUCUCCCGAUGAUGGGUUUCGCGAAGAGCGACGCCGUCCGCUAUGUCGGCGUGUUCUUCACCGUGGCGGGCGCCAAUGCUAAUAUUCCGGCUUGCAUGGCAUACCAGGCGAACAAUGUGCGUGGACAAUGGACGCGUGCAUUCUCCAGCGCGACCCUGGUGGGCUUUGGUGGGCUGGGCGGGAUCGUCAGUAGUUUGGUUUUCCGCGAGCAGGACGCGCCCGGCUACCGGCCCGGCAUGUAUGCAGCGAUCGCGUGUAACCUGCUUAUCAUCAUCAUCGCCUUGGUUCUCAGUCUUUGGUUCCGGAUCUGCAACAAGAAGGCAGACCGGGGGGAACGGGUGAUUGAGGGUGAUGUCGCUUUCCGAUAUACCAUUUGA